AUGAGUGAUGGUGACUUUCUCAUUCAUAAUAAGAAAUUAUUCAUAUUCAAGUUGGUAUCAGAGCACUCUGGUCCAGGAACCCUAAUCCAGCAGCCAACAUCUAGGGUUUCUAGGGUUUUUGAGUUUUGUCCGCGGUUGCCGAAGUUGACAUCGCCUGCACACUCAGAGGUCGCCGAUCGGCCUCCCCGUCGCGUGCCGCCGUCUCACGCGCGGUUAUUGUUGAAGAAGCUCGCCGGCGCGUGGACUUCACGCGCCGCCCUCCCAGCCUCCGUUUGCGACACGGGUCACUCCGUUGGACUCGCCGGCCCUCCCUCUUCCCGUUUUGACCCUUUUCAGGUUGUGGGUCACAUUCUAGGUGAGAUUCCUAAGGAGAAUCCAAAAAUUGAAUCUUCCAAAAGGGGGCUGGUCUCCUUUGCCUUUUCUGGAUCACCUACUAUUACAUCUGAAAAGCUUAAUGGUAAAAAUUAUUUGGAUUGGUCCACUGCGGUUGAAAUGUGGUUUUUAGGUCAGGGUCUCUAUGAUCAUCUUACUAAAAGGGCAUCCGAAAUUGAUAAAGAGGUGAGAGAUGAAUGGCAACGAGCAGAUUAUCAACUUGUAUCUCUAUUGUGGCAGUCCAUUGAGCCUAAAUUAAUGGUGCAUUUUCGUCCGUACAAGACAUGCUAUGAUAUUUGGAAGAAGGCUCGAAAUGUCUAUGCCAAUGAUAUCCAAAGAAUAUAUGAGUCUGUUCAUAGUCUGGCAACUCUUCGUAUGGUUGAUAAUGAUUUGCCAACGUAUUUGAAUCGUGCUCAAUCCACUAUUGAUGAGCUCAAGCUAAUGUUGGUUAGUGAUGAUCCUCAACAAAUAUUAAACAAACUUGAUAAUAUGUUUAUGGUGUUUAUCCUUCAAGGACUCCACAAAGAUUACGGAUCUGUUCGAGAUCAAAUCUUGACAAAUCCUGUCAUUCCUACAGUAGAAGAACUCAUAGAUCGACUGAUUCGGGUCCCUUCACCAGAGGCAGAUCCUCACACAGAAUCUGAGUCCUCUGCUUUUAUCUCUAGUACAGCUGACCGUGGAAGUCGAGGGCGUGGUCGAGGUCGUGGUCGUGGUAAAGGGGGUAGAGGAAACCUCCAUUGUACCUACUGUCAGAGAGAUGGACAUACACGAGACAGGUGUUAUUCCUUGCAUGGCUUUCCGAGCAAGACAGCUAAUGUGGUUCAAUCUCCAACUUCAGCUCCAGAGCUCAAGAUUGAACCGGAGGACAAUCAUCCAAUCACAUUAUCUACCGAUGAUUACCAAGAGUAUCUUCAAUUGAAGGCAACUAAACAGGCCUCCUCUUCCAUCACUGUUGCUCAUACUGGUAAUUCUACAGUUUGUCUCUCUCAUUCUACUUCUAUUGGACCUUGGGUUUUGGACUCCGGUGCUUCUGAUCACCUAACUGGUAAUGUCUCCCUUUUCCCUAACCUAUCAUCACCUAGAACUCCACACCAUAUCACUCUUGCAGAUGGGUCAAAAGUUCAAGCCACUGAGCACUCUGGUCCAGGAACCCUAAUCCAGCAGCCAACAUCUAGGGUUUCUAGGGUUUUUGAGUUUUGUCCGCGGUUGCCGAAGUUGACAUCGCCUGCACACUCAGAGGUCGCCGAUCGGCCUCCCCGUCGCGUGCCGCCGUCUCACGCGCGGUUAUUGUUGAAGAAGCUCGCCGGCGCGUGGACUUCACGCGCCGCCCUCCCAGCCUCCGUUUGCGACACGGGUCACUCC